AUGCUGCCCCUCCUCCCUGACGAUCUCAAACCCACGUCACACCACAACCUCGUGUCCCUGCCGGGGCGAGGUACAUUAACUUCUCAGUCCACCCCAAUGCACAGUCGUGAACCCUCUGCUGUUCGUGGGAGAGCUGUAGACCCUUCCAACCUCUCUCCUGCCAUUCAACCUCGCCGUGGCCAUUCCGGGUCAAAAAGUCCAGACGUUUCGACCGGUCGCCCUGCAGGAUAUGACGUGGGAUUGGAAAGACGACCGUCAAACUCGUACGGCCAUCACCGACAGACUUCCAUUGUUCAUGGCAUGCAACAUUCGCGAAACACGAGCAUGGCUGGCUCAACUACCUCCACCAGCCCUUUAAGUCCAGAGCUGAUCGCAUCUCUCGGUCGCGGAGGAUUUGACGAGGGCAUAUCGGCAAAGCUAGAUCAGCUUGAUACCCAUAUUAAUCACUCAAGUCCAGGAGGCUCGGUAAGUUAUGGAUUGCAAGGGACAUUAAGCACUAUACGGGACAACGAUGUGGACGAAGUAAUGGACGUGAGCCCGGCAAGCCUGCUUCACAAGCGGAUGAACUCGGGAGGAACAGGACGGAGGGAUCAAUCUCACAGUCGCUCGCAAUCAAAAAAUUAUGCGGAAAUCAAGACUGUCGGAGAAUAUGCGCUACAUCAUUUGUUCAACUCGUUCGUGGGUCAAGCCGACAACAAGAUAAACCAAACUAUUUUGAAGCUGGGGGAGUCAGAUUCUCCUGUCGAAGAAACCUGUGGACCUGGGGCAGACCCAAGUUUCGAUCAGCUAAUCUCUGCUUUGGGACAUAUUGCCAGGCAGAAACCGAAGCCAUUGAUUGAUACCAUUAUGCUAUGGCGAAAAUCAAAGGGAGAUGCAGCAAUUGUCGCAAGGCAAGGCACCCACGAUCUGCCAAAACCGAUAAUAACGGAGAAUGGCCAUCCUAUGCAGCGUCGUAACACGGAGCCGACCCAAUCACCAGCAGAUCAACCCAGUUUUUCAGAUCGAGCACAGCCAACACCCUUACUUGCACGUCAGGACGAUGUGGUUCUGGUGGAGCGACGGGCAACUGUUUCUGUCUAUCUAGUUUGCAGGGUCUUGAUUGAAAUCUACAAACAGAGCAGCCUGGCCUCGAUUACACCAGAAAUGGCGGACCGUCUUGAAGAUAUCGUCUUUUGCCAGAUCAAAACCGUUGACCCUGAUCACCUUUCCGUAUCCCCCCUGCGGAUGGCAAACUGGAGAAUAUAUGGUCAAGUGCUGGGUAUCAUGAGCGAAGCGAAUUUUGUCAACGUGGCCAACCGUUUUUUAAACGAGCUUGAUCGGUACCAGAAAGAUGAAUUGGCUCGGGGCCCAAACCGUGAUAGCGACUCAAAAGCCGAGCUACUUAUUCUGGGCAUGAGAUACCUGUGUCUCCCCACAAGCCCAGAGGGUUGGGUCAAAUCUUGUGACUUUCUGCGGUCCCUCGCACGCUUGUUCGUCAAUGCUCAUGGACAAAAUAUCAAGCAAGCCUACUGUUAUGUGAUUGAGAAGCUACUUCUUCCGGUGGCUGCUAAUCCGGUCUGUGAUCUCACUUUGCCGCGAUGGAAGGAAUUCCUGGAUGUGCUCCAUCCCCGCUUGGCGCAGUUGCUCACCAAACCCCGUCAUUGGUCUUCUGCGUUCUCUUUGAAUGUUCUGUUGCUUUGCGUCUCCAGCAAGGAGAAUUUCUCAACUCAGUGGCUCUCGAUGAUCUCGAGUUUGCCUGCCCGGCUCAAGGAUCGCCCGAGUCGUGCCCCAGCACUGCAGGCCAUCUGCCGGCUAGUCUGGACUUACCUCUUUCGUUAUUCAGACUCACCUACAACAACUCUUCGCAAGGUGGAAGAAGUGGCAAAAAUUGCCCUUCCAACGGGAAAACGGACCUACUUGAGUGCAGAGCCGGCCUUUGCAGACCCUCUGAUCCAACUCAUUCGAAUGAUCGGGUUCAAGCAUCCCGAUGUUUGUUUCAGACACAUAAUAUUCCCCUUGAUCAACUCAGACCUUUUCCUAUCGGGAAGAGAGUUGAAGAUCGAACAGAUGGAGCCAGAGAAAAUGGUUAUCGGUAUUCGUGCCUUUCUUGCGACCAUGUCUGACCUGGAGACAAGUGAUCAACUCUGUCCUCCAUUCCCCACAGGCUCACUUCCGAAUCCAUUUUUGGAUGCCUCGAUUCUUGUCUACUUCCAUCGUCCACAACUGCUGGUGGAGCCGAAGGUGGCGACCGUUUCGCAGACCCUCGACCCUACAGCGUCUUGCCCGGUCAACAUGUCGAGACUGAGUGAUAAUGUAAAGGAGUACUAUCUUCGCUUCUGCGAAGUCCUUGGCAAAAUUACGAUCUUAUGUGACAACACUUUUGGAGGACAAGCUGCUUUGGAUGAGAAAUUCGGCGGAGCGACCCCUAAAACCCCAAUCACCGAGGCAUUUAGUUUCGGCCGUCGUGGUGAUGACCAUGUCACAACUCUAGACCAAAAACAAGGAUUCUACGAUCUUCUGCAUGUAGCAGUGCAGGCUUUGCCUCGAUGCCUCUCCGAUCAUAUUCCAUUCAACUCGUUGAUCAACCUUUUAUGUACUGGAACAGCCCAUGUCCAGACAAACAUCGCCGUAUCUUCAGCCUACUCGCUCAAGGCGAUUGCACGACAGUCUCAUGCCCAGCAAGUAACAAUUGGCUUUGCCAGAUUCAUCUUCAGCUUUGAUGCGCGGUAUUCUACCCUGUCUGAUGAGGGGAUGCUGGGACCUGGACAUAUCGAGUCCACGUUGCGGCUCUAUGUUGAGCUUUUGCGAAUCUGGAUAGAUGAGAUCAAGCAGAAAACGAAAGAAGCAGCAUCUGAUCAGUUAGAAAAGUCUACUUCGGGUAGUCGAGCUCUGCACCUUGAUUUAAACAGUGUUCUAGCCCAGGUGGAGGAGAUCGAGUCUCACGGACUUUUCUUCUUGUGUUCACAAUCACGAAGAGUCCGGGCAUUUGCCAUCAAUGUGUUGGGCUUGAUCACUGAGUUUGACGGUGCGCUUGGCAAAGAGAACACAAGAAUCAUCAGAAUUCUCGAGACUGGCUCUCAAAAGAUCCUAGACGUGAACGAUAAAGGUCUUACAGUUGCAGAAAGGAGUCGCAUCCUUAAGGGCAAGAGGAACAGCGCCUCGCAAAGCACCCUCAUCGAGUUAUGUAGCAGCGAAGUUUCCUACGACUCAACGUUAUGGGCUAAAGUUUUCCCUAACAUCAUUCGUGUCAGCUUCGAGACUUGUCCCUUUGCAAUGACACUGGGAAGGGAACUUGUCUGUGCACGUCUCGUCCAGAUGCAUAAGAUUAUUUCGACGCUUGCUGAAAGCACAAGAGUUCCUCAAUACCCCGCCGGCGAUGCUUACCAAAGUCGUCCGCUAGCCCGGAGUAACAUGACCGCUGAGAUUCUGGUUGAACAGUGGAAGCUGUAUCUGGUCAUGGCUUGUACCACGGUCACCAAUGUUGGUGCGCAGUCACAAAGCCAAUUGGCGAAUGCUCAACAUGCACGCAAAGCUUCCAAGGGGUCACAAUCUCAGAACAAGAUCAGCUCUGCCCGAAGUCUCUUUGCAUUUGUGAUUCCCCUACUUUCCGCCGAGCGGGAUUCCAUCAGAAACGCUAUUGUUGUUGCCUUAGGGUCAAUACACAACAACCUGUACCGCACGCUCUUAGAAUCUCUCCAAUAUGCGGUCACCACUUGUAACGAAGAGGCCAAGAUGCGCAUUGGCACUCAUCUUCGCACACCUAGCAGUCCCCGCCGAAACAGAAAGACUGAUCGACUACGUACUGAAGUCACGCAUGUCUAUAAGCUCACGUCUCAUUUCCUCAGAGAGUUGGCGGUUUACAAUGACGACUGGGUCGUCAACAAUUUGGUCACUUACGCAAGAGAUAUCCGACUCUUCCUGAGUGAUGUUGACGUUCAGAGUGACUGGGAGUUCCAGCGUCUACGUUUCCAUUAUUGCGGGCUGAUGGAAGAGCUGUUUGAAGGCGUCAACCGCACCAAAGAUCCUUCUCGAUGGAUGCCAUUUGAAUCCAGAAAAUCUGCGUUCUCACUCAUGGAGGACUGGUGCGGUUACUCCCCGAACCAGGAACAGAUAGCCGCGAGGGAAGAGAGUAUGAGAAAGUAUGCUCCGGCUCAACCACGUGAAGGCGGCGAGAUGAGAAAUGCUGCUGCGGCUACGGAAAUUGAGAAGAAAAAUCUCCGGGCUGCAUCCUUGAGUGCGAUGGCAUCUCUCUGCGCUGGCCCGAUUAGCAUUACUACCGACAGCGGCUCUGUGCUUCAGUUCGACGUGGGUCGAAUGUUGUCAUGGAUUGAUAUCAUAUUUAACACUAUCAGUGACAAAUGGCACUCUAUCGGUCGCCGCGCUCUGAAAAACCUGAUCAUCCAUAACAAGGAACAUUCCUACCUAAUGGAGCGAUCGAUUGAGAUGUGCUAUAUCACCGAGCGACCCAAGGCACUUGGGAGUUACUUCGAGGUCGUCACCGAAGUCCUUAUUGAGCAUCCAGACUACCCAUUGAGAUUCUGGAGGAUCCUGGGUGCAGUACUCGUGACACUUGGCAGUGAGAAGCGUGAAAUCCGAAUGAAGUCGGCUAAGCUUCUCAGAAGACUUGAAGAGCGGCACCAGAAGAAUUCUCGCCUUCAAGAUUUCGAUAUCAGCAUUUCGGACAAGACAACAGCCGUAUACAAGCUUGCUCAGUUCGAGACAUCUAAGCGGCUAGCGAAUCAGCACGCUGACUUGGCUUUUACUCUGUUCUCCGAGUUCGCGCUGCACUUUCGCAAUCUUCGCACUGACAGUCAGCGCAACAUGGUUGCUGCUAUCUUGCCUUGGGUUCAGGUGAUGGAACUUCAAGUUGACCCCAAUGGUGGCCCUACAGCCCGGUCAUAUAUGCUUCUGGCCAACCUCUUUGAGAUCACCAUUCGCUGCAGCGCAGUUCUUCCUAACCAGGUUCAAGCAUUAUGGCAAGCGCUGGCGACAGGACCUCACGGAGGAAACGUUCAGCUGGUCCUCGACUUCAUCAUAAGUCUUUGUCUGGAACGCAAGGAACAGAACUUUGUGGAAUAUGCCAAGCAGAUUGUCGUUUUCCUCGCAGGAACCCCAGCAGGCUCAAAGGUCAUUGAGUUCUUUCUCUUGCAGAUAGUGCCAAAAAACAUGGUCCAGGAGCGACACGACCUUACGCCGCCCCCUCCGGAUAUCAAAACUGUACCUUACGUCGCAGAUUUGGCGACCGUGCUCCCUGUAGGAAACAAACAGGCUGGCUUAGCACUCGGACAAGUAGCUUUAAUCUUCCUAGUUGACCUUAUGGUGGCACCCGUCACACUCGCUAUGGACGAUGUAAUCAAACUUCUCCACGUGGUACUCAUCCUUUGGGAUCAUUACACAGUCACUGUGCAGGAGCAAGCUCGAGAGAUGCUGGUACAUCUUAUCCAUGAGCUGGUUUCUACCAAGCUGGAGGACACAGACCCAUCAGGUCCUCGUCAAUCCAUGGAGGACCUUGUCGAGUCAAUUCGUCAGAGCGACCCUGCGGUCGUCUGGGAAUACGAAGAGAAUCAAGGCAAAGAAGAGGAAGCCGAAGAUCGUCGAGUACCCCCAUCCAUGGCCACUGUCACACGCGAUGUAGUCAAGUUCUUCAGCAUUGCCCACGAAGGGGUGGGCGAGCUCUGGGCCAAGGAAGCGUUGAACUGGGCAAAUUGUUGUCCCGUGCGGCAUCUAGCAUGUCGUUCAUUCCAGAUCUUUAGAUGCAUUUCGACUUCAUUGGAUUCACGGAUGCUAGCUGACAUGCUCGCUCGACUUUCUAACACAAUUGCGGAUGAGGAGACAGAUUAUCAGACCUUUUCUCUGGAAAUUCUCACCACGCUGAAGAUCAUCAUUAGCUCACUGGCUCCGGCAGACCUUUUGAAGCACCCACAACUUUUCUGGACUACCUGCGCCUGUCUCAAUACCAUCCAUGAAAGGGAAUUUAUCGAAACGCUAGGCAUGCUGGAGAAAUUUCUUGACUUAGUUGAUCUAAGCGAUCCGCUCGUUGUGGCAAAGUUAGUUGAAGGACGGCCGCCUAAAUGGGAAGGUGGAUUUGAUGGUCUUCAUGACCUGAUAUUCAAGGGACUGAAAUCCUCGGAGUCAGUCAACAGCACAUUGCACGCGCUUCAUCGACUAAGCGGUCUUCCGAACAACGAGCUCAUUGGCGAUGGGACUCGACAUCUCUCCACUGUGCUUGCCAAUCUGCCCUACUUCCUCGAGUCUUUCGAUCAAGGUUUCACCGAUCCAGAGCCCAUUGCGCAUGCUAGUUUACUUGCACGAGUUGCAGAGAAUGAGCGAUGCCCUAGACUUGCGGCAUCACUAUUUGGGUUUGCGAACCAACAGUACAAGACGGAAGCUAUCUUCUUGGAGCACAUCAUUACGGAAAUCAAGUCCUACUAUUUUCCACAGCUGGAUUUCCAAUGCCUCAUUUUCCUCAUGGGCCUCCUUACCAACACGACCGAUUGGUUCCGAAUUAAAACUAUGAAGAUUCUCUGUGUCUUGAUACCAGAGGUUGACAUGCGCCGCAGCGAGGUCACUUGCCACGGUCCCGACCUAAUCUCUCCAUUGCUAAGACUCCUGCAAACCAAACUGUGCCCCCAGGCUCUUGAAGUUUUGGAUCAUAUUAUGACGGUCUCUGGAAAUCCGAUGGAAUAUCAUCACUUACGGAUGAGCAUGGCGUCAGCCACGUCAUCACGUGCCAUUCGUAAAGAAUACGAGCGGAUACAGAGUCUGUACGGUAUUCCUGAACCCACAGGGUGGUCAGUUCCAAUGCCAGCAACACAGUCGAGAAUGACGCGUCACAAUGUCCACGCCGUAUUCUACACGUGUGCCGAAGCCGAUAAUAUGACCGUUCAGGACACAAUCACUCCCGACGUGGAAUUCCGCGCCGAUGAGUACAACGAUUCUUUCUUCCCCGUGAGGGCCGAUACAAUGAAAUCGAUUGACACUCAGACCGAUGGAAACAUGGGUGAUAUUGUUCAGAAACUAGAUAGCAUGGAUGACUUCUUCGAGGAAACAGAGUCUUAUCAUUCUCCUAUUAACACGAUGGCACCGCCAAUGCUACGAGGAUUUACUGGGAGCUACGUCGAUACGAACGCCCAUCUCUACGACCAGCAGACCGCACCCAUUCUUCGAAAGUCUCUUGCGCGUACCGGCUCCACAUCUUCAUUCCACAAUGGCCUUGCCGAAUCCCGACCGGCAAAUUUCCGCUUCGAUGGGCCUUCAAUUUCCACGUCGGUGGCAGUAUCCCCUUCAAGCUCUACACAAACCCUCCGACCAGCCUCCCACAUUCGCUCUGUUACCUCCCCUGCUAACAAUCUCCUCAUCCACACCCAAACAUCGGCAUCUCCACAUAACCUAAUUGCCCCGGCCGGAUUUCACGAAUCUGCGUUCCUUUCUGACGAUGAAGUCGAAGAGGCACACUCAGACAUGGAUGAACGCGCAUCAGGCAAAAAACUGCACCCGCCCAUGCCGCCAAUGGUUCGCAGCGCAACAGACGGAUCUCAAGUCCCACACUCCCUCGAGUCGAUGAUCCGAAGCGGCAUGCGCCGUCUCACGGGUGGAACAUCCAACAACCGUGAGAAAGAGCGACAACGUGACCUUCUCCGCGCACAAAAUCGCGCUUUGGCCCAAGCAGCUAACUCUCCUCGAGUUCCAAAAGUGCCAGAGGAGUACCUGACUGGACCAACUAGCCACCCCGCCUCGCCGAGGUAG